AACAAUUUUCAAAAUAUAACAAUUUUGAAACAUCAUCGAAAUUCAAAAAAAGUAAAAGUUUUCAAAAACAUUUUCAAAAAAUCAUAAAUUUUAUCAUAACAAAUUUCAAAAGCCCAUAAACAUUUCCGCAAAAUUAUAAUAAAUAUUCCAAAUUCAAAAUUUUCGCUCAAAAACAAAACAAAAACACAAAUUGGAAAAUAAUCAAAACACCAAAAACAAAGAAUCGCAAAUUUUACUUGAAAUCAACAAAUACCAAAACUCAAUGCAACUCUAGGAAAAGCCGAAAUCUUCAGUUAAUCAUCAUUUUCUAACAAGCAAUGCAUAAAUUUUGGAUACAAAUUCUAUACAAGUCAAGAAAUAUUCUCAACCGCCAAUUAUCGUGCAUGCAAGGUGGAAAAGUAUGUCCUUGCCGCGACGCCAAACCAAACGCCGAAAGCAAUGCCGAAACUGCCAAACCUUUACGUUGGGGCAUGGCGCCGGUGAGUUUAAUAGCCGAUGAUUUCGUCACCGCACUGAAAGUGCUGCCAUAUCAGCAUCACGUGGUCACCGCUUGCACAUCCACCUAUCAUUCAGUGGCGCAAGCAUUCGCCGCCAAACACAACAUACCGCACGUCUACAAUAGCUUUCAAGAAUUGGCGCGCAGCCCAAAUGUUGAUGUUGUUUACAUCUCGUCCCUUAAUCCCUUCCACCUGGAGAUCUGUCGCAUGAUGCUGGACCACGGCAAGCACGUGCUCUGCGAGAAGCCACUUUGCAUGAAUGAGGACCAGACGCUGCAGCUAAUUGGACACUCGCAUAGCAAAGGCUGCUUCCUCAUGGAGGGCAUAUGGUCACGUUGUGUGCCCGCCUACCAAUAUAUACGCAAACAGAUUGAGGCGGACGCCUUGGGUGAUGUGCUCAACGUGAAGUGUACACUUGGCUUGCCCAUGCAGAAGGUGGGGCGUGUAAUGCGUCGCAGUCUCGGUGGUGGCGUAACACUGGAACUAGGCGUCUAUGCGCUGCAGUUUGCAUUGUGGGUCUUUGGUUAUGCGCCGUCCAACGUCGCCGCCAAUGGCAAACUGAAUGAGGAUGGUGUCGAUGAAGAGGCGAAUAUAUGCAUGAAAUUCGGUCUGGGACGUGCAGCAGAGAUUAUGUUGAGUAGUACGAAACGUUUUGACAAUAAGGCGGUAAUACAAGGCACAAAAGGCUGUAUAACUGUGCCGGACUAUUGGUGUCCGGUGAAGAUUUUGGACGUUAACGGUGCGGAAAAAACGUUUCCAUUGCCUAAAAGCGAUUUGUCUACGUAUUUUCCCAACCGCUUGGCGUUAAGUUUUGAAGCAGAAGAGGUGCGUCGCUGCAUAUCGGAGCACAAGUCGCAAAGCGAUUUGUUCACGCACAAGGAAAGCUUGGAAUUAUCAUAUAUUGAGGAUCAAAUACGUCGACAAUUGGGUGUAAUUUACACAGAGGAUGCAGUGGCGAAUUUCUUUAAAUAGUUCAAAAACAAAUUAAAAAAUUAACUGAAAGUCUAUUAAAACAACAAGUUGUAUGUUCAACAAUAC